GGCACCUCGUUCACCGAGGACCCGGGCAGUAACGAGGUCAUUGUGAUGUCCAUGAUGGACUAAGUGGUAAAUCCAGCACGCACACACUCAAACACACCCGCACAAUUUACGCUAUCCUCAACAUUUUCAUCUACCCAUAUACCCAACACCAUCUUUUCAUCAAUCUGUAACCAAAAUGGCGAAAGGAAAGUGGAUGUACGCACUCCCCGCAAUCCCUUUCCCAUUAAAUCGCAUCCAUCUGACCUUUCUCUCAAUCGCAGCGACAAAAAGACAGCGACGCACUUCACGCUCGUGCAUCGCCCGCAAAAUGACCCUCUCAUCCACGACGAGUCGGCACCAGCCAUGGUGCUCAACCCGACGCAGCGGGCCAACAAAUCGUCGCGGGGCGAGGGGCUGAGCGACCUGGCGUCGGAUCUCGGGUCGGACGCCAUGAGCAUACGCGACAACGAGGGCGAGGCCGCUAACUAUGGCGUCUACUUCGACGACACCGAGUACGACUACAUGCAGCACCUGCGCGACCUAGGCCAGGGGACCGGCGACGCUGUCUUCGUCGAGGCCGACCCCGUCGGCAACAAGGGCAAGGGCAAGGGCAAGCCGCAGCAGUCGCUCGACGACGCCCUGCGGCAACUGGACCUGAAGAACCAGAGCGAGGAUUUGCUGGAUGACGAACUGCUACCGAGCAAGAACCUGCAGCGGCUGACGUACCAGGCGCAGCAGAACGUGCCCGAUGCGAUUGCGGGGUUCCAGCCGGACAUGGACCCGCGGUUGCGAGAGGUGCUGGAGGCGCUCGAGGACGAGGCGUACGUGGAUGAGGAUGCCGGGGAGGAUGUUUUCCAGGAGCUGGCUGUGGAUGGGCAGGAGCUGAGCAAGUACGAGUUUGAGGAGGCGUACGAUGACUUCGAGGAUGACGACGAGGGGUGGGAGUCAGACCGCACGGUGAAGGCGGCCGGGGAGAAUUCCAAGGAGGAUGGCGUGCCGCAGCUUACCGACACAAGCGGGGCACAAGCCGGUGAGGGCGGGUCGGACGACUGGAUGGCGGAGUUCAACAAGUUCAAGACCGAUCAAAAGGCGGAGAAGAAGCCCCGAGAGGCCGCUGCGCCGUCCGAGCUGCAGUCGUCAAUAUGGACGACGACAACAAACGGUGGGCGGAAAAAGACAAGGAAAGGUGCCAUGACGAAUCCGUCCGCAUACUCGAUGACAUCAUCUUCUCUCGUAAGGACAGAGCAGCUGGGCAUCCUCGAUGCGCGGUUCGAGAAGAUCGAAGAGCAGUACAAUGGCGACAUGGAAGACACAGCCUCCGUGUCAGCGGUAUCGACCAUGUCGACGGUGCAGGGGAAUACACGGCAAGACUUCGAUGGCAUGCUGGACGAGUUCCUCGGCGACUACUCCAUGUUCGGCAAGAAGCGGGUGAAGAAGGGCAAGUGGAAGAACGGGCUGGAGCAGUUCGACGAGAUCAGGCGAGAGCUAGGGCCGCCCAUCAUCCCAGCAAAGUACAAAUAGGGUCUGAUCUAGGACGCCAAAUCCAAAUUGAAAUUCCAAAACAAAUUGACACCAUAUAUCCGUA